UCCUCUCUUCUCUUCUCUUUUUUUUUUCUCUCUCUGCGUGUCUUCUAUGGCUUUUUAUCUUCUUCUGUUCUGCCUCUGAUUGCUUUUGCUUGAUUCUUCCAAACCAAACCAAACCCAACACUACACGACGAACCAAGAUUCUCUCAUCCUCCGAGUUCCCGGAGAAGAGAAUACCCUUCUAUUUGCUUCGGAGAAUUUUCGCCGGAGGCUUCGGACGACGGAUUCAGGGUGCUCAAACUGCUCAUCAGUCUUCCUCUCGGCCGUAGAUCUUGAUUCUCUCUGAAACUUGGUGCGGAGAGAUUGACAAGAGUCGGUGGACUGUGGGAUUCUUUCAGUUUUUGUUUUUCACAACAGAGCAGAGUGGUUUUCGGAGCGCUUUUUUUAGCUUGGAAGAAAAGUUUGGUGGCCUUUGGACUGGUUCAGUCUCAGGAAACUAUGAAGGGUUUUUGAUACUCUGUAUUUGUUUGCCGGUUAAGGAAAAUGGAUUUGAAGUCCAAGAGUCCAACAAGUCUCGAGAUUUUGGAGUGAAAACAUUAACUCAUGUAUGCUGUCACGUAUGCUGUUUAAGCAUAUCUACUGAGAGCAGGGGGGGUUUCAAAGUUCGAUUCUUUUCGUUUUUUCUUUUUUUUUUCUUUUAGAGAUUUGGGGAGAUGAUUACGUUUAUGGAUUCGAAGGAGAAAUUGCAGGAGGGAGAGAAGUGCUUGGAUCCUCAGCUAUGGCAUGCCUGUGCUGGAGGGAUGGUUCAAAUGCCAUUGGUGAAUGCCAAGGUGUUCUACUUCCCUCAGGGCCACGCCGAGCACGCUUGCGGUCCUGUCGAUUUCAGGAACUGCCCGAGAGUUCCGCCUUACAUACUCUGCAGGGUGUCGGCUAUCAAGUUCAUGGCUGAUCCUGAAACUGAUGAGGUUUAUGCCAAGAUUAGACUGGUUCCUUUGAGCUCCAGUGAAGCUGGUUAUGAGGACAAUGGAAUUGGGGGGAUUAAUGGGGCUGACUCGCAGGAUAAGCCGGCCUCAUUUGCUAAGACUCUGACGCAGUCGGAUGCUAACAAUGGUGGAGGCUUUUCUGUGCCGAGGUAUUGUGCAGAAACCAUCUUUCCUAGAUUGGACUACUCUGCUGAUCCUCCUGUGCAGACAAUUCUGGCUAAGGAUGUUCAUGGAGAGACUUGGAAGUUUAGGCACAUAUAUAGGGGGACGCCGAGGCGGCAUCUAUUGACAACAGGGUGGAGUACUUUUGUGAACCAUAAGAAGCUUGUUGCUGGGGACUCGAUUGUGUUUUUGAGGGCGGAGAACGGUGAUCUUUGUGUUGGAAUUAGGCGAGCCAAGAGGGGAAUUGGGGGUGGACCGGAGACAUCUUCUGGGUGGAAUCCAGCAGGUGGGAACUGCGCCAUGCCAUAUGGAGGAUUCUCUUCCUAUUUGAGGGAGGAUGAAGGGAAGCUGAUGAGAAAUGGCAAUGGUAAUGGCUCGAAUUCGAAUGGAAGUCUAAUUGGGAAGGGGAAAGUUGGUCCUGAAUCAGUUUUGGAAGCUGCAACACUUGCUUCAAAUGGACAGUCCUUCGAGGUUGUUUACUACCCUCGAGCAAGUACUCCCGAGUUUUGUGUUAAAGCCUCGUUGGUGAAGGCAGCAUUGCAGAUCCGUUGGUGCCCCGGAAUGAGAUUCAAGAUGGCCUUUGAAACAGAAGAUUCCUCCAGGAUAAGUUGGUUCAUGGGAACCAUAUCCUCUGUUCAAGUAUCUGAGCCUAUGCGUUGGCCUGAGUCUCCUUGGCGGCUUCUCCAGGUUAGCUGGGAUGAACCUGAUUUACUUCAGAAUGUUAAACGAGUUAGCCCUUGGUUGGUAGAAUUGGUGUCAAACAUGCCUGCCAUCCAUCUGACACCAUUCUCACCACCAAGGAAGAAGAUGAGACUGCCACAACACCCCGAUUUCCCUUUCGAGGGACAACUUCCAAUGCCGACAUUUUCCGGCAAUCAUCACCUCCUUGGAACCAGCAGCCCCUUCGGUUGUCUGCCCGACAAAACUCCUGCUGGCAUGCAGGGAGCCAGGCAUGCUCAUUACGGUCUAUCAUUAUCAGAUAUCCACCUCAACAAAUUGCAAUCAAGUCUAUUUCCGGCUGGUUUCCCGCCACUUGAUCAUGUUGCUACGCCCACCAAAUUCUCCAAUAACACAAUGAUUCAAAGGCCUACUGUGAGCGAGAAUGUAUCUUGCUUAUUAACUAUGGCACAGUCUCCACAGUCUUCAAAGAAACCUGAUGAUGUAAAGCCACCGCAGCUCAUGCUAUUUGGUAAACCAAUACUUACUGAGCAGCAGAUCUCUUUGAGCUCCUCUGGCGAUACAGUCUCACCAGUACUUACUGGAAAUAGUUCGUCAGAUGGAAGUGGAGAUAAAAUGGCAAACCAUUCUGAUAAUUCUGUAUCUGCACUUCACCAACGAAGUGUACAAGAGCAAUCACCUGGUGAAGGUUUGCAUUGGUCUAAGGACACUCGGCAUGAAGCUGAACCGUUGGAAACUGGUCACUGCAAAGUCUUUAUGGAAUCUGAAGAUGUAGGCCGCACUCUUGACUUUUCACAGUUCAAGUCUUAUGAUGAAUUAUACACAAAACUAGCAGACAUGUUCGGCAUAGAAAAUUCCGAGACACUGAACCAUGUGCUCUAUCGAGAUACUACUGGUGCAGUCAAACACAUUGGAGAUGAACCAUUCAGUUGCAGUGUCUUUGUGAAAACGGCAAGGAGAUUGACAAUUCUAAUGGAUUCAGGCAGCAACAAUGUAGGAAUGUAAAGAAAGAAUAAAACCCUCUUCAUUCAAAUUGUACAGCCGGUUGGUAAAUCCUUGGUUUCCAUGUUGACAUUUUUACUCUCCCUGACGCUGCGGGAGAAGCCGCGCGCAUACACUGAUCUGAUUUUUGAGCUUUCCUUAGAUUGGAUUUCCGGUUUCUUGGUCCAUCUUCCUUUCUCGAAGAAGGAACAUUUAGCUUUCAAGAAUGAACUCUUUAACCACAGUAUCAUCUUUUCCUCAGCAGUUAUGUUGGCCUUGUUUUCUUUUCGAUGUUUCUAUUUUGGCUUUCCGUUUCAACAAUGUUUUUGUCUUCUAAGAAGGCAGUUUAAGUUGAGUGAAGAUUUACAUUAGACA